CUGGGCAUCGUGGCGCUUUGGAGUGAGGAGGCCAGCGUUAUGCCCGCCUGAAAAGUAAACAACGUGCUGGCGGUUGUGAGUUGUGCGUUUGUUACGUUUUUUAAAGCCUGGCGACACAGUGUAACCGCAAGCCUGCUUAGAGUAAGCAAAAAUGCCUCUUUCAGAAGAAAUUAAUGAAGAGUUCGGGAACUUCUGCAUUAAUGUCACGAAGGAUACGCUCUCCAAAUGUGUCUCUCUCUGCAAGGAACACCACCUGUCUGCAGAGGACCUAGUGUAUGGCUGGGUGGCCUACUCAUCAGAGCAUGGUCGUCCAGCUCUCACUGAUGCCCGGCUGGAGGUCAUGGUUCGCUCCAAGCUGAGUGGCAAGUCCAAGAGCCAGGCUGAUCCCCUCCAGUCCAGCUCCAUCAAGAUCUACACCAAGGACACCAUAGAUCAGGCGCCGCGAAGCGUCCUUCCGGCGGGAUCGUCACCGGUCGGCAGUCAGGCGACGAAGCGGCAGACGACGCCGACCCAGGUGACUCCGAAGCGGGGCCCGGGCCUUCCCUCGGGCCAGGCUGUGCCGUCUCGCUCGGCACUCUUCAGCCCCACCAGCUACUCCCCCACCGUGACGGCGCCCUCGGAGCGGUACGAGUCCCGCACGGGGCGCGGGGACGUCAUCGCCAGCUGGGGUCCCGAGGUGGCCGACUGGACUGCCGACGCCGAGCCGGCCGGCCCGGCCGCGCCGCUCGGCCCGGCCCGCCUCCAGCGGCCCUACCGCUACAUGUUCGAGCGGCUCCGGGACCGCACGGACGUGCUCAACGCCCACAUCCUGGCGCUGGGCGAGAGACUGCAGCGCCACCACGGCCUGGAGGAGUACGCCCAGCCGCACGCCGUCGCCCAGGAGCCGGUGUGCGCUGUCGGCCGGAUCGCCUGCGACGGCCAGGGUCGGCUCAACUCCAAGUCGAUCCUGCUGGAGGGAGGCAAGGGCACCUACGGCGAGGCGCGACACGUGGAGCUGGACGUGUCGCAGGUCCAGGACGUUGGCCUCUUCACUGGACAGGUGGUGGCGGUGACCGGGGUGAACCCCACCGGCAAGACGUUCGUGGCGUCGAGCAUCUUCAGCUCGGCGCCGCCGCCGCCCGCCGACCCGGCCCACCUGACGCACGAGCUGACCCUGCUGGCGGCCUGCGGCCCCUUCACCACCGCCGAGGACCUGCUGUACACGCCCCUCCGGGACCUGCUGGCCGAGGCCGCGCGCCUCAAGCCGCACCUGCUGCUGCUCAUGGGACCCUUCAUCGACGCCAAGAUCAUUGAGAACGAGCUGGCGGAGACGUAUCAGCAGCUGUGGAACCGGCUGUUGGAGCUGAUGCGCACUGCGCUGGCCGGGUCGCACACGCAGGUGCUGCUGCUGCCGUCGACGGCCGACCUGCACGCUGAGCCGGUGAUGCCCACGCCACCGUUGGCCACUGCCGCCGGCCCCUUCACCAUGCUGCCGAACCCGUGCUGCUUCGCCGUUGACGGCCUGGUGAUCGGAGCGACAUCUACCGACGUGCUCAUGCACCUCAGUCAGCAGGAUAUCAAACUGCCGGGCCCCGGCUCCAGCGACCGGCUGGCCCGCCUCUCCGGCUACCUCAUCGGCCAGCAGUCGUUCUACCCGCUGUACCCGGCCGAGGAGAGCGUGGGCCUGGACUUCCAGCACUGGCAGCAGCACUGUCAGCUGCCCGUGCUGCCGCACCUCCUCAUCACGCCCUCCGACUUCAGAGGCUUCGUCAAGGAGGUGAGCGGGUGCCUGGUGGUGAACCCGUCCAGACUGGCCCGGGGCCAGGUGGGCGGGUCGUACGCCAGGAUCAGGACCCCGACCACCAAGGACGGCUUGUUCCAGGACAAGUUCGCCGUCCAGGUGCUUAAGAUCUGAGACGGCCACGGACACGAGCGGGCGGUGCCACGGGUCGGCGCACGAUCGGCCGGGUUUUGUCUGCAGCGAUUUUCCGCGAGGAGCGAGUCGAGUCUGUUGAAGUGUAAGUGAGUCAGUUACGUCGUCCUUGUGUCUUGUUUCUUUCUGCGUAUGUCAAUAAACUGGUGAGUACAAUA